UAGGUGUGGUCAAAUCGAUUUUUUAUUGAAACAAUCUGAAAGCUUUUACUCUGAAUGUUCGCUACCAUAUCUUCCUGUUGACGUAACUGUCGUUGAUGUAAAACGUCAUUACGUUGCAAUCGUUGUUUUGAGCGCGGGAUCUUCGAGGUAUUAAGCCAACAUCGGACAGAAAACGCUGUGAUAAUUCAAUAAAAGCUUCCUUUCAGCUGUGGACUGACUGUUUAGGAAAAAAUCCAAACUGACGCUGUCAAUCCGCCUUGGGGGCUGGCAGCAGCUUUAAGGACAAGGGAAUUCAGGCAUCGAAGGUGGUUUUCCUCAAAUCAUGGCAGUGAGAGGUGAAGCGAGAGUGGAGGCAGAGGUGGAGGUGGAGGAGAACUACGGCCCACAGCCUCUCUGCAGGCUGGAGAGCUGUGGAAUAAGUGCCAGUGACAUCAAGAAGCUGGAGGAUGCAGGAUUCCACACUAUAGAAGCAGUGGCCUACGCACCCAAGAAGGAGCUGCUCAACAUCAAGGGCAUCAGUGAAGCCAAAGCGGACAAAGUUUUAGCAGAAGCUGCAAAACUGGUGCCUAUGGGUUUCACCACAGCUACUGAGUUCCACCAGAGGAGAGCAGAGAUCAUCCAGAUCUCUACAGGCUCUAAGGAGCUGGACAAAUUACUCCAGGGUGGGAUUGAGACGGGCUCCAUCACAGAGAUGUUUGGAGAGUUUCGGACCGGAAAGACCCAGCUAUGUCACACACUCGCUGUUACCUGUCAGCUGCCAAUUGAUCAGGGAGGUGGAGAAGGUAAAGCUAUGUACAUUGACACAGAGGGAACUUUCAGACCAGAGAGACUGCUCGCUGUAGCGGAGAGGUAUGGGCUGGUUGGCAGCGAUGUGUUGGAUAACGUGGCUUACGCUCGAGCAUUCAACACAGACCACCAGACUCAGCUGCUGUACCAAGCCUCCGCCAUGAUGGCUGAGUCCAGGUAUGCCAUGCUGAUAGUGGACAGCGCCACAGCUCUGUACAGAACAGACUAUUCCGGCAGAGGGGAGCUGUCAGCCAGGCAGGGACACUUGGGUCGUUUCCUCCGAAUGUUGCUCCGGUUAGCUGAUGAAUUUGGGGUUGCUGUGGUAAUAACCAACCAAGUGGUGGCACAGGUUGAUGGGGCAGCCAUGUUUUCAGCAGAUCCCAAGAAACCAAUUGGUGGCAACAUUCUGGCACAUGCUUCCACCACAAGGCUGUACCUGAGGAAGGGCCGAGGAGAGACCAGGAUCUGUAAAAUCUAUGACUCCCCCUGCCUGCCAGAGGCUGAAGCCAUGUUCGCAAUCAAUGCUGAUGGCGUGGGCGACGCCAAGGACUGAACUGGAUUUGGACAGAAAGCUCAUUUUGAACUGCACAGUGGUACAUCUGUGAGGGUUUAGCAGAGGUGUCCAACUCAAGUUCUUGAGGGCCGUUGUCCUGCAUGUUUUAGGCCUUUGCUCCAAGACAUCUUGAUUCAAAUGACUGGUUUACCGCCUUGGUAUGUCAUCAAGCACUCAUUAAGUUCAGUUGUGUUGAACCAGGAAAACACCUAAAACAAGUAGAAUACCAGCCCCUGAGGACCAGCUUUGAACACCACUGGUAGUGGUUUGAUAGGUGUUCUGUGCAAGAGCUCAAGGGAAGAGCCAGAUCAAACUGUUCUCUGCAGACCAUAAGCUCUUAUUAAAGUUCAUUUUAUUCAAGAAAGAAAAAUAGCUAAAUGUCUCCUGCACAGACAUAUUAGAUCAAAACCUUUCUUAGUUACAUGAUCAGUAUCAGCAAUAAGAAAUUCAUCGUGUACUGACAAACAAUCUUUAAACAGGCAAUAUUUUUGUCAGGUUUCUGCUUUGUCUUGUCUUGGUUUUUGUCUAAAAUGGCAGAAAACUUUUAUUUAAAAUGUUUAAUCUGUUCUGCCCGGUUUCUCUCGUUUCCAUAUGCUUUAGAACUAAAUUAAAUAUGUUCUGAUUAAAGUCUCA